AUGCAGGGGCUCCUAGGAACCUCCUUCUUCGGGACCACGUGCCCCCGCCGGCCCGCCGUGUCCAUGUACCAGAAGGCUUCGUUGCGUGUGACUCCCUUUGUGCCGAUCCCCAUGACCAUCGAGGCGGCACACAAGAAGGGAGCUGGCUCCACGAAGAACGGCAGGGACUCCGUGUCCAAGCGGCGUGGCGUCAAGGUGUACGGCGGGCAGGCCAUCGGGGCGGGGGCCAUCAUCAUUCGCCAGCUCGGAACCAAGGUGCACCCCGGGAAGAAUGUGGGCCUGGGCAAGGACUACACGCUCUACUCCCUCAUCGACGGCGUCGUGGUGUUCGACCGCAACGCGCGCCGCAAGCUGGUCAGCGUGGUCCCCAGCUCCGAUUACGUCAUCCCAGAGGGCCAGCGCUGGACCUCGCCCGGCCGGGCAUUGAGGCCGCUUAUGGCGGCAAAAACAGUGGUGGGCUGUCAAGCUGAACGGGAGAUUGAGAAGGAAGGGGUGCGAUGA